GUUUCCCCGCCGACAGGUUGGUGGAGCUACUAUUCUUGCACAACAUCACACACGAGCGCAAUCAAGAUGGUCACCGUGGCAGAGUCCAAGAAAGAAGAACCUCCGCGAGGCGUGCCUGUGAGCGGCCGCUCAUGGAAGAAGACGCAGCGUUCCAAGAACUCCAUGAUGACGUACAAGGCCACCAAGACAUUGAGCACGACAUGGGACGAGAAGAUGGCGGCCAAGUCCAAGAAAAAGGAGAUGAAGGACCUUGAACACGAGAUCGCAAACCGCAAGAAGCAAGAAAAGGUCGACAAGCGCGUUGCGCGCGAAGAGAAGGAAAAGCGCCGCAUCGCCAACGAAUUCAAGGCGUCCACGCUGCAAGUGAUCAAGAAGACACACAAACUCAAGAGCAUGAGCAAGAAGCAAUUGCGCAACAUCAAGAAGACGCGCAUGAACAAGAACGGCGAGAUCGAACUCGUCUCGGCGUACGCAAAGUAAUAGAACCAUUGUCAUUUAACGUUAUAUCCACAUUUCCUUUCAUG